GCAUUUAGUUGACGUCACGGAUGCGCUCAGUCAACGUAAAAUCUACCGUUUGCGGCCUACUGGUUUGCCUCAAAUCUAGCGCCGUAAUUUUUUAUUUUUUGCACUCCAAUUUUGGUGUAAGAAUUGUCGCGACGCCAUGAAACUAGUCAGGUUUUUGAUGAAACUGAGCCACGAGACGGUGACCAUCGAGUUGAAGAACGGUACCCAGGUCCAUGGCACCAUCACAGGUGUGGACGUGAGCAUGAACACGCACUUGAAGGCGGUGAAGAUGACGCCGAAGAACCGCGAGCCGGCCCAGCUGGAGUCGCUGAGCAUCCGCGGCAACAACAUCCGCUACUUCAUCUUGCCCGAUAGCCUGCCACUCGACACGCUGCUCGUUGACAUCGAGCCCAAGAUCAAGUCGAAGAAGAGAGAAGCCGUGGCUGGACGAGGUCGGGGCAGAGGCCGAGGACGCGGCAGAGGACGGGGACGAGGACGGGGGGGCCCUAGGAGAUGAUCACCUCCCCCCCAAACUACUUUUCACCUGCUCUUUCUUCACUGUUUUUGUACAGGAUGCUUCUUUUUCUGUGAUUUUUUUUUUCUCCCGACUCCUUGAUUUGUACAUUAAAACGUUCCUUAAUGAGAAGCUGUUGAUUUACUAAGGUUGAGGCCUCAACCUGUUACCUUUUUCUCAUUAAAGUUCAUAAUUUCAUACAAAA